AGCCUGGUUCCAUCAUUCUGAAUUGGAACGCCACUUUUUAGCACUUUCCAAUCUCUGUGAAGGCAUAUUCUUGGAUGCCUAUGUUGAAACCUUAGGAAAGGAGAUUCAGGCGGAUUCCCCUCUCCUAGCCAAACAGCAGGGCGGAUCUGGUUGCUAGGAAGCCGGAUUUCCGCCAAUCAUCUGCCCAACUCAGUGGGCGGGGCGCAGCUCCCCGCGUCUGUGGUAACCCAGACCGUGGCAAAGGAGAAGGCAAGAGGCAGUGAGAGCUUUUGUGUUGAAAUAUAGGUGGCCAUUGGAAUUUAUUUUCAUACACGUUUUAAAAAUAUAAGCAGGGAAAAUGACUGCUGGUUCAGUGUGUGUUCCUCAGAUCAUACCACUGCGAGUGCCUCAGCCUGGAAAAGCCAACCAUGAAAUUGAUAACAAUACACUUUUGGAAAUGAAAUCAGAUACCCCAGAUGUCAACAUAUAUUAUACCCUGGAUGGCAGCAAGCCUGAAUUUCUAAAGAGAAUUCAUUAUGGUGAAAAUAAUACAUUUAAGUAUACAAAGCCUAUUACUCUACCUGAUGGAAAAAUACAAGUUAAAGCUAUUGCAGUCUCUAAAGACUGCAGACAGAGUGGCAUUGUAACAAAGGUGUUUCAGGUGGACUAUGAACCACCAAAUACAGUCUCUUCGGAAGACAGUGUUGAAGAUGUUCUCAAAGAUUCUUCAAAGCAGGGUUUGAAAAAUGGAUUUGUUGGAUCAAAACUAAGGAAGAAAUCUAAGAAUGCUGAAAAUAAAGUGGGCUGGAAUGUUAACCUUAGAAAGAUUCCAGACCUUGAGGUAGGUGAAAGAACUGAACCUAAAACAUUGAAAGAUCUUCGCUUCUCAGAGAGUCCCCUGGAAAUUCCAGCUUACCAUGAAGAAUCAGGUUCUAGACCACCCCCCCACCAGUCCCAGUUCCCUAGUUUUGCGCACAUAACUGGCCAGAAGAGUUUGACAAGCACAGAGAUCAUGCGAAUUCAAAGGGAGACAGACUUUCUCAAGUGUGCACACUGCCUUGCCCCCCGCCCAUCUGAUCCCUUUGCUCGCUUCUGUCAAGAAUGUGGCUCACCUGUCCCACCCAUAUUUGGCUGUCGUCUCCCACCCCCAGAAGGAGCUCAGAUGGACUUAUGUGCAGAAUGUGGAAGCUUGGUGCCCAUGAACACGCCAAUCUGUGUGGUGUGUGAGACUCCUCUUGCUCUACAGUUGCAACCACAGGCCAGCCUCCGCUUGAAGGAGAAACUGAUCUGCCGUACCUGUGGCACGGGGAAUCCUGCUCACCUUAAAUACUGUGUUACCUGUGAGAGGUCCCUGCCUUCACCACAAGAGUCCAUGUGCAGUGGAGAUAAAGCUCCUCCUGCGCCCACUCAGAAAGGGGAGACGGUUUCCUGCUCCAAAUGUGGUCGCCGGAAUCGCCGGGGUGCUUGCUUCUGCGACUGGUGUGGAGCCACGCCUGGCAUUCCUGCUUGCUACUCUGUUUGCCCUAAAUGUAGGGCCAGCAAUCACCCAUCUGCCCGAUUCUGUGGCUCCUGUGGUAUUUACAUGAAGUCCUCAGCAAAACUUAGUGUGGACAACAGGCUGGCUCUAGCUGCUGGCGAACCUGGCCCUUUUGCUGAGUCCCUAAAUGUUCCUUUGCGCAAACCUGAUAUUGGGACUAAGAAGGAUAUAGGUACACAGACCACUGGUCUGUUCUACCCAUCUGGCAAGCUACUAGCAAAAAAGGAACUGGAAGUGGCUUCUCAAAAGCAGAGGCAGGAGAAAAUGAGUGACCAUAAACCCCUCCUCACAGCCAUCAGCCCGGGAAGAGGAUACUGGAGAAAACAGUUGGAUCACAUAUCUGCUCACCUCAGGUCUUAUGCUCAGAACAAUCCUGAAUUCCGGGCCUUGAUUUCUGAACCCAGGAUGGGAAAGCUUAUCUCUGCUACUGUCCAUGAAGACGGCUAUGAAGUUAGCAUCAGGCUGAAUUAUAUUCAAGUCUCAAACAAGAACCUUUACCUCAACAAGGCCAUGAAUUUCAGCGACCACUUUCUGAGCAGUGUCACCGAGGGUGGUACUGGGCUGUUCGGCAGCAGGUCCAGCUUGGUGAGUGACUGCAGUCAGAACACCUCAGAUACCACUGAAAAAGUCAAGAGGACAAAGAAUUUUAAUACCAAAAUAUUUCAAGAAAAGAAGGAGCAGCUUACACCCGAAAACAGACUCCUGCUGAAGGAAGUUGGACCGACUGGGGGAGGAAGAGUCUCUGUGAUUGAACAACUGCUUGAUGAAGGAGCUGAUCCUAACUGCUGUGAUGAUGAAGACCGACCCGUUGUCACCGUGGCUGUGAUCAAUAAGCACCAUGAAGUGAUCCCAGUUCUCGUGCAGAGAGGAGCAGACAUCAACCAGCAGUGGGGACCGCUCCGAAAUACAGCUCUUCAUGAAGCAACUCUGCUUGGCCUGGCAGGAAGGGAGUGCGUCAGUGCUUUACUGCGAUGCAAUGCAAGCAUCCACAAGAAGAAUGCAAGAGGCCAGACAGCCCACGACCUGGCUCUGACCGUUGGGGAUGGACUCACUACCUCGCUCUUCGCUGCCAAGAGCAGCCUGGAUGACUAUUAGUCCCGAGGGCCUCUGCGGGGCUUCAGUUAAAGAACCCAUCCAGCUCUGGCUGUUCUUUGUUCGUUUCUUUCUGAAUUGUUUAUUUGAGGUUGAGAGGAACUCAGUAAGUUGUUUUUCUUUUUAAUUAUGACAGUGUGAGCCACCAGUACAUCAUGGGCAUUUCCUAAUGUGCCCUGGAUGGUGAUGAACUUUAUGUUUUUAAAUAGUUUGUCUUUUUUCUUUCUUUUAAUUUUAAUUUAUUUCUCAACCGACUAUACUUGGUUCAACGCUAAAAGGUAUAAAGUAUUAUGUAAUGAAAAAUCUCCCUCCUGUCUAUGUCCCACAAGCACCCACUUCCCCCCCUCAGAGGCAGCCAAUGAUACCAGUGUCAUCUGUGUCUUUCCCAAAAUAGUAUAGGAUUAUGUAAGCACAUGUAUAUAACAUAUGCAUAUGUAUAUAUACAGAGUAUACAGAAGUAUAUAGAUAACACAUACAUACUCUUUCCCCUCUUUUAAAACAAACAGUAGCAAACCACACACUGUUCUGCAUCUUGUUCUUUUGCUUAAAAUAUAUCAUAGGUAGUUCUAAAUUAGUACAUAAAGAUUUGUUAUUUAAAAAUGUUUUUUUCUGGAAAGACAUUCUGUUCUCAUGGAUUGGAAGAAUCAACAUAGUUGAAAUAGCAAUAUUACCCAA